AGAAAAAAAAAAAAAAUAUAUAGACUGUCGCAAAACACAUGUUACCUUUGCUCAAUGUCUCAGGCCCUCUCUUUCUUCUUAACUUUUUUAUCUUUCUCAUCGUAUUGUACUGCCCAAUGUAUAAAGCGGCAACGUUGCACCACUCAUCUCACUAACCUCCCCGAAACCAUCACCGUAUAUUCUUCAACCUGUUGUUUUCAUGGUAUGAUCCCCAUAUUAGCCUAUGCCAUGGUUAAUCAGGGUCAUCAUGCCUAUACCAAGACUCAUAAUGAUCUGAGGCAUAUAGCUGUGGCGGCAUGCACAUAUUGAAUCUCAUCGGAACUGUCAAAAUAUGGAUGUAUAUGGGCAAGUGGCUAUCGAUCCAAGUGGGUUUAGGUAUCUCCGUUUAAAUAUGAGAUGUAUAGAUGAAAUACGGAUACCAGAGCUAUAAUUAUGGUAGAAUGAUGAGGUUUGCAUGGUUCGAUAUGUGAAAACGUAUAGGAUGACAUAGGCUACAUUUUUAUAGCGCGAAAGGCAACGGUUGAAAGAAGGGGCAAGCGGUCGGCCGGGACUCCAAACCACCCUGGGAAACUUUAGGCGGAGUCAAGCUGUCAAGUGCCAUAACUGGCGGCUCGUUUCCCACUGUGAAAGGUGCGUCAAGGCCAUGUGACUGGGCCUCGCAUUUUAUUGAAAAAAAAGAAUAUAAACAGCUCAUUUUAUUAUUAU